UUUCUUUUUUACCUUGAUUUUUCUCUGAUUCUUCUGAUAUGUUUGGAGGGUGCCCGCUGACCUUUUGGGUGUAGCAGCCGCUCGCCUGAUGCCCUGACGAAAGCUCCCCAGUCAAGGGGUUAGGCGAGGUUAGGUUAUUCCUUUGUUUCGUUCACUUUGCGCCGAUAUCAGCUGAACCAAGAGGGAGGUAUCUAAUGUUGCGCCGGGGUCUGGCGCUGAUCGCGGCGACGCGAGCGACGCCGCUGCUGCGGACGCCCCGGGCGGCCCGCGCGGCCAGCUGCUGCGACCCGGACGCGCUCCCGAGCAAGGCGGCAUUCCUCGCCAAGUGGCCCGCCCACUGCCCGCCCUACGCGGACUCCUACACGGACGCCUGCCUCGCGACGGACGACGAGCUCGAGGCCGCCUACGAGAAGUACUUCGAGCGGCUGGACAUCGACGGCUGGGAGGUGCGCCAGGCGCUGUCGGACGUCCAGGGCCUAGAGAUGAUCCUGGAACCGAGCACGAUGGUGGCGGCCCUGCACGCCAUCCGCCGCGUCAACGACUACGCGCUGGCCGUGCGCUUCCUGGAGGCGGUGCGCUCCCGGUGCGGCCCGCAGAGCGACGCCGCCUGCCGUGAGCGCUACCAGUGGAUCCUCCGCGAGCUCUGCCCCACGCUCCGGGACCUGGGCGUCGACACCCCGGAGGCCAUGGGUCUCGACAAGCCCGUGUACUGGGUGGACGAGCCGGACGACGUCGACUAAGUUGGAACCACCAAACCAACGACCAAAACGAAACGUCUCUCCCCUUCCCUGCUCCAAUAAAAUGACGCCUCAGUUUGUGCGCGUGUGUGUCUCUUUCAAAACCUUCCCUUCGACCAGGUUGUCACGGUCACGAUUGUCCAUUUCUAUGUUCUGCGCUGUGCCGACACUCACAAAAUGAAAAGUAAAAGACUUUGUAAAGUUUAGUAGAUAUACAACACGCCCUUUUUACACAGCCCAAUUAGUGAGAAACUUUGCCAAGGCCUCGCCGAAUAAUAAUGCAAGUACUGGCUGAAGGCCGAAU